AUGGAUCCUCCAGCAAAUAGCCAAUCGGUGGGAAAGGAAGGCGGAAGCGGGAAUGUUGAGAAUGACAAAGAUGCUAUUUUAGGAUAUGUUAAAGGAUGGGCAAAGAAAAGAAGAUAUGCAAAGGAAAUAUCUCGGGAGGAAGAGUUUCUGGAAGUGAGCGGGGGAGAGGAGAAAAAAUGGAAAGAAGGAGAAAUAUGGGAUAAUUGGAAUGGAAUUUUAAAGGCUAAGAAAGGGGUUGAGAAGCCGAAGUCGAGGAGCCAACCUUUAUUCUUCCUAGCUUAUGGGAUCUUUCUCUUCCUGGGCGAUCCUGUUCAUCCGUCAAAGCUUAGAAAACUGGAAAAUAUUCCUCUUCCGUCCUCUACGCCUUGUCACCUAUUAAAAGCUUACUUCCCUUCACUGUGCCUGAUACUCUUCAUCAUCUCUUCUUUCCUCACAUUCUCCCUCUCCUCAAAUAUAUCAGAAGGCCUGGAAGUUCUUCACAUACCAACACACAUACACAUACAUACACAUACACAUCCAUAUAUAUUCAUCAAAAGGCUAACGCUAGCAACUUUAAAACUUCGUCGACAACCAACUCAACGUCAUUCAAACUGUCGUACUAAAUUGAGACAGACACAGACACGGACACAGACACACAGACACACACACACAAACACACACAUGCAUUCUUAUGCAUUACCUGCAAACAACAUACACACCAGGGGGAUAGACUGGCGAGUAGAUUGGACAUUUUGCAUUUAUCUGCAUGCAUAA